AAAAACACUCUAAUGUCAGUACCUGAGGAAAGCUGAUUUCAAGGGCACAGGAGUCACUCUCACACACACACACACACACACACACACACACACACACAGAGAGAGGGAGAGAGAGAGAGCUCCACUCGAGCCUCAGUAUAGAGGGAAUUUCACUGCCUCACUGGCACAAAGUAAAGUCCCAGCGUGUCUUUGCCUGAGUGGAUCACACUGACUCUGACUGAAACACGUAAAACACAGAGAUGGCUGAGGCUCAUCAGGCGGUGGGAUUCCAGUUCACCGUGCGUCCCGACGGUGUGGACCUCACGCUGAGUCAAGAGGUCUUCAGGAACAUCUACCUGUCAGCGGUGACGUCAUGGAAGAAGAGGGCCAUACAGUUCAAGAAUGGUGUGUUGGCUGGAGUUUAUCCAGCCAGUCCGUCCAGCUGGCUGAUAGCUGUGAUCGCGAUGAUGAGUUCUUUGUACAUUCGUGUCGAUCCGUCGUUAGGGAUGAUCGACACCAUCAAGGACAACCUGCCUCAAAGAGAGUGUAUGUCAGUGCAGAGCCGGGCCGUGCUGAGUGCCAUCCUCUUUGCUACUGGACUGUGGCUGUUCCUCAUCUACCUUCUGAGAUACACUCUCAAAGCUCUGCUCUCCUACCACGGCUGGAUUUUUGAGUCCCAUGGAAAAAUGAGCGCGCCCACCAAACUGUGGCUGAGUCUGGUGAGGAUGUUCUCUGGACGCAGACCGCUGCUCUACAGUUUCCAGGCGUCUUUACCCAGACUUCCUGUGCCCAGUGUAGAUGACACAGUUCACAGGUAUCUUGAGUCGGUCCGUCCUCUUCUGGACAGUGAGCAGUACAACCAAAUGGAGAUUUUGGCCAAUGAUUUUCAGGAUUCAAAAGCAGCUCAACUGCAGAGAUACUUGAUCUUAAAAUCCUGGUGGGCAACAAAUUAUGUGAGUGACUGGUGGGAGGAGUAUAUCUACCUCCGGGGCAGGAGUCCCAUCAUGGUCAACAGUAACUUCUAUAUCAUGGACCUUUUGUACGUGACUCCCACUCACCGGCAGGCUGCACGCGUGGGGAACGUGGUUCACGCCAUGCUGCAGUACAGACGCAAACUGGAGCGCGGUGAACACGCACCGCUGAGGGCCUUGGGGACUGUGCCUAUGUGCUCCAACCAGAUGGAGAGGAUGUUUAACACCACCCGUAUUCCUGGCAUUGAAACAGAUAUUGUGCAGCACCUGACUGACCGUAAGCACCUGGUCGUCUACCACAAGGGCCGCUUCUUCCAAGUGUGGCUGUACACCGGGGGGCGCCACCUUUUACCCAGUGAACUUGAGACACAGAUUCAAAGGAUACUCGCUGAUACAUCAGAGCCUCAGCCAGGAGAACUUAAAUUAGCUGCUCUGACAGCAGGAAAAAGAGUUCCAUGGGCUCAUGCUCGGAUUAAAUAUUUCAGCCAGGGAGUAAACAGAGUGUCCCUGGAUGCCGUUGAGUCAGCUGCCUUCUUCCUGUCACUGGACGACGAGCCGCAGGGUUACGACCCCGCGAAGACCAACUCACUCGACGGCUACGCCAAGUCACUGCUGCAUGGACAAUGUUACGACAGGUGGUUCGACAAAUCUUUCACCCUGAUUUCUUAUCCAAAUGGAAAAAUGGGUAUAAAUGCUGAACAUUCUUGGGCUGAUGCCCCGAUUGUGGGACAUAUGUGGGAGUACGUCCUUGCAACAGACUGCUUCCACCUGGGCUACACAGAGGAGGGACACUGUAAAGGAGAUGUGAACAAGGGGCUGCCUUAUCCCACCAGGCUACAGUGGCAGAUUCCAAAGGAGUGCCGAGACGUCAUCGACACAUCGUACCUCGCAGCGAAGCAGAUCGCUGACGACGUGGACUUUCAUGGUCACCUGUUUCCUGACUUUGGGAAAGGUCUGAUUAAGAAGUGCAGGACCAGUCCUGAUGCCUUCAUUCAGAUGGCUCUGCAGUUGGCACAGUUCAGGGAUCAGGGAGUGUUCUGUCUGACGUACGAGUCGUCCAUGACCCGCAUGUUCAGAGACGGUCGGACAGAGACGGUGCGCUCCUGCACCUCUGAGGCUGUUGCAUUUGUCAGAGCCAUGGAAGACACUGGUGCAACAAAUGCACAGAGACUGGCUCUGUUUCGGAAGGCAGCAGAUAAGCAUCAGAACAUGUAUCGUCUGGCCAUGACUGGCGCUGGCAUUGACCGUCACCUCUUCUGUCUCUACAUCGUGUCCAAAUACAUUGGCAUUGACUCACCAUUCCUUAAAAAGGUGCUGUCAGACCCGUGGAAGUUGUCCACCAGUCAGACUCCACAGCAGCAGCUCAACUUAGUGGACAUCAACAAGUUCCCUAAAUAUGUGGGUGCUGGUGGUGGAUUUGGACCAGUGGCUGACGACGGUUAUGGCGUGUCCUAUAUCAUCGUUGGAGAAAACCUCGUCACAUUCCACAUUUCCUGCAAGUUCUCGUGCCCCAGCACAGACUCAUACAGGUUUGGACAGCACAUACAAAAGGCCAUGCUUGACAUUCAGGGACUUUUCAAGCCAGAUAAUGAUAAGAAGAUGGCGGAUAAUGGAAAGAUUGUGCAAAUGGAAAAUGGGAAAAAGCACCUAUAACAGCCACCGUCGACAUAUACUGAGCAGAACAUCUGUGAUCUGUCACGUCUUUGUUCACGUUAACAGCACAAAGCUGUGCUGACAGGUGCCACUUAUCUCUCUGCUCGUGUUCAAGGACGUAACCAUUCCACUUAGUGACACAAGGGAAUCGCUGUUACGCCUCCUUUUUAUUUAUAUUUAUAUUUACAUUGCACUUUUCACAGCUGCUUGGUGCAGAGGAAAAGAGGUCAUCGUUGAUGAUGACGUGAGGAAAUACUGGUUUUCUGAUGUUGUUUCUCACCUUCUUGUGGAAAAUCUUGAAUGUACAGGAAAAAGUAAUUAUUGUCAUCUUGUGUGUGGAUUUUGGUUUGUGCAUAUGAGACGUGUAUCUGUACACUUCUAUAUUAAAUCUUAUGUACAGCA